AUGCAAGCAGCGAAUCGCCUCCAGAAAUCCCUCAGAAAGGGCACUCCCUCCUUUGGCGCCUGGCAGAUGCUCCCUGGCACGAACCUCACCAGAGUCAUCUGCCGAUCUGCACCGAACAUCGACUGGCUUUUGAUAGACCUCGAACACGGGAAUCUCUCAGACGAUUCGAUGCAUGAGAUUGUGGCUGCUGCCGCAGCGUGUGGCGUCUCGCCUAUUGUACGCGUCCCCGAAGGACAACACUGGAUGAUCAAACGUGCCUUGGAUUCCGGAGCGCAUGGCAUUCUUGUCCCUGUUUUGGAAACAGUUGAUGAUGCAAAGAACAUCGCGCGAUACUCCAAGUUACCUCCCACUGGUAACCGAGGGUUUGAGAGUCUACUGGCUGUGGAAAAGUUUGUCGAGCAGCAUCCGCACGGUGGCAAUGUGAGGCAGUUGACCGGCAGAGAAUACGCACAGCAGGCCAACGAUUCACUCGUCAUUGCCGUACAGAUCGAGACCAAAGGGGCGUUGGAGAAUGUCAAGGAAAUCGCUGCAGUGCCGGGGAUCGAUGUGUUGUUCAUUGGACCUUUCGAUCUGGGGAUGAAUAUCGGCCAUCCUAUCUCCAGUCCGGAUGAGAUGGACCAGGAGCUUGUUGAUGCAAUUCAAUCCAUUCACGAAGCUGCUCAAGAAGCUGGGAAAGCGACGGGAAUAUACUGUGACACUGGCGAACAGGCAAAGGAAUAUGCAAACAGAGGAUUCCACAUGGUCAGUGCCAUGACAGACAUGGUCGGCAUCUGCAAAGUGUUCAAUCAGGCGUUUAAUGCAGCGAAAUGA